AUGGUAUUUAUUGACGGUGCGAUUAUCGACGACAAAGUGGUUAAGGAACUGGAGUGUGUCUUUUUAUCAGAAAUCGAAGAUCAGUUUGAAAAGUGUUAUAUGGAUAAAACAUUUUCUGAAACGCUUGAAGAUGCCAUCCGCAGUAUUAGAAGAAGGCAACGACUUAGUGAUGAAGCAAGUGGAUUCUUUAAUAAGAUGUACACAACUCCACAAGUCUUGAUGCAACUGUUUAAGAAUUGUCGAGUUACCGACGAAUUGAAAGGUAAAAUGGAAACGUUAAAGAAAACUGUUCUUGAAAAACCAUACAAACUGUCAAAUUCUACAAAGGAUGAACUGGUUGAAACAUUUCCAUACAAAGCAGCGCUUGUUCUUUCAUUAAUUGAUCAGAAUUUUUGCACACCGUCUCAAAAAAUAUCUUCCCUAUUUGACGAUACACCGCUACAUGAAGCAUGUCGGAAAGGAGACAUCAUUGUUAUAAAAAAACUUGUUGAGGGAGGAGCUGACAUAAACUUGCAAGGGCAUUUUUUCAUGAGGACACCUUUACACUACGCGUGUCAAAAGGGCCGGACUGAAAUUGUGAAGUAUUUACUGAGUAAAAAUGCCGACAUUAGUGCUGCUGACGAUAACCUGGUAACGUUUUCUAAAAUAAAAUGUACGGAAUCCUGUAAGGGAAAGUGGACGCCAUUGCACUACGCAUGUUAUUGUGGUCAUAUUGAGGUUGUGGAGUAUUUGCUAGACAAUGAGGCUAACGCUAACUCAGUGAGCAAGCACGGGUCGACACCGUUGCACAACGCUUGUCAGGCUGGGCAUAUUGAAAUCGUGACGUACUUGUUGGGUAAAGGGACCAAUAUCAAUGUACAGAAUGAUUACGGGGUAAAAUUUCUUGAGCUGAACUUAGACAAUGAAAAAAAUCUUUGUAAGUUGACUCCGUUGCAUUACGCUUGUCUGACUGGUAACAUCGAAAUUGUGAAAUACUUAGCUGAUAAAGGCGCUAACAUCAAUGUACUGAAUAAGUGCAGGAAGACAGCAUUACACUACGCAUGUGUGAAUGGCAAUCUUGAAAUCGUGAAGUGUUUGUUGAGCAAAGGAGCCGAUAUCAACGCCAAAGACGACAUACUGAAUACAAACUGUUGGAGGUUUCAAAGGAAACAUGUAUUUGAAAUUGUGAAGCUUCUGGUUGAGAAUGGCGCUGAUGUAAACGUGGUUGGCAAAAAUGAGGAGAGUAUUGUGAAAUUUGCAAAAAGCCAAAAUAAAAAGCCGCCAUCGUCAGUCUAUAGUUGCAUAUUCAAUAAUGAAUUGAUCCAACUUCUUACGGCAGAAAUCUCUAAUGAAUCGUUAUCAUUAGAUCCAAAUAGCAAAAUCGGUGAAGGGGGAGAGGCCACAGUGUAUAAGGGCACAUUAAACGGAAAAAUUGUAGCCGUGAAGGUUGUAGCAUCAAUGAAAAGACAGAUCACUAACCUAGUCUAUUUGGAACAUCCGAAUAUAGUCAAAUAUAUGUAA